AUGAUUUCUGGGAUUCUGGGCCAUCCGUUGGGUCUGGCCGUUGUCGGACCCUUUCUAGGCUUCUUGUUGGGAAUUGCUGUGCUGGAGGCGGCAUACCCGGGGAUCCUCCCACAGCCUUUACUCAAUGUGCUUUCCGCACCCAUCAAUGUGUAUUUGUCGUGGUGCUAUCCCAUCAAAAGCGCAGACGGCACAAAGGACUUACCCUCUUGUGCAUAUCGCUGGCCUAAUGGACAAGGAGACACGGCCAAAUUCCUACAAGGGAUUGAGAACAGUCCGCGCUGGGAGAAAGCUUUCGGAAGUAUCUACCGGAUUUGGAGUGGAACCAAGCCUGAGGUUGUCCUCACACGCCCGGAGCACCUCCAACCGGUCUUUUUCGAUUCUGACCAACAUACCAAAGCGUUGAAUAACAACUCCGGAUAUCUACUGGGAGAGCUACUAGGAAAAUGCGUGGGUCUGAUCAGCCCACCACAGUGGCAAUCGGUUCGAGCAGUCACCCAACCUCCCUUCCUGUACCCGGCGUGUGUGGCUCAAACCGACCGGAUUCAAGAGAUCGUGCGCUCCUUCUUUCAGGAGCUGGAGCUUGACGACACUGGAUCCCUAGCAAGAGGACUAAUUCACCCCGCGCAUGACCUGAAGAUGCUACCUUUUUGGGUGGUCUGCGAGUUGUUCUACGGACGCUUGCCGUGGCACCUGGUCCAGGAGCUGAAGCGGCUCGCUCCACUGCGGGAGAAUCUCAUGAAGCAUGCAAUCCGUGGUGGACUUGCGCGUUUCAGCUGGUCACGGUAUCUGCCUACGCAGGCAAAUCGGGAGUUGAAGAAUUUCCAGAGCCGUUGGCGACAAUUCAACCGGGACGUAGUGGCACAGGCACGAAGGGCCGAGAAACCUGCUCCAAUCGCAAAGAUGUACGAUGCCGUUGAUCGAAGGGAGAUUAGUGAAGAUCAGCUCCUGCAAACACUGGAUGAGGCCCUAUUUGCCAACCUGGAUGUCACUACCGGCGGCCUCUCAUGGAACCUUGUGUUUUUGGCCGCGCACCCGGACUGCCAGAGGAAGCUUCGAGAGGAAAUCACCGAAGCGACAGGAUCGGGGAGCUUAAACAAGUAUCUCCAAAGCCAGUCAACCUACCUACAAGCAUGUAUUCUCGAAUCCAGCCGUAUGAAGCCACUCGCGGCAUUCUCGGUUCCCCAGUCUGCACCGUCGGAGCGGGUAGUCGGAGGAUUCCGCAUCCCGGCCAGGACGAAUUUUGUUGUUGAUGCUUAUGCUCUCAAUAUUCGCAGUCCCUACUGGGCUCCAGACAACGAGACCUACCGCCCGGAACGGUUUCUUGACCGUAAGAAUGUGGAGUUGAGGUAUUCAUUUUGGAGAUUCGGCUUUGGGCCUCGACAGUGUAUGGGCAAGUAUGCGGCGGAUGCCGUGAUUCGGACUACGUUGGUAUACCUUCUCCUGCACUAUAACCUGUCGUUAAUGGAAGAGGGCGAUUGGACUCGAGAUAAAGAGUCAUGGAUUACCCAUCCAGACUUCCACCUUUGCUGUGUAAAACGGGGCCAGAAAGACUGA